AUGGCGGGCGAUGACGAAGGCGGACUGAAAUUGACCUAUCGCACAAUACCACGCGUGACCAAUGUACCGCCUCCCAUUGACGGGAAUCCCGCCAAUGGAUACAAUAGAUACAAUAGAUACCGUAAUGAAUUGAAUUCUGAAUACCACUCGGAUAAUCAAAUCUCCGAUAAGCACCUACUAAGCCAGAAGAGGCUAGCCCCGGAGAGGAAAGCCUCCACAGGAGCCCGCGAUCGGUCGCGCGCAAUUCCAUCACCCCAGUGUGUGUCUCCUCCUUGUCUAUCAUACUUCUCUGCCGGUUCUUUCUUGCUGCGUGGAGUCGGUUUCUGUCUUCUAAUCUGCAAGACUCCGGGUCAUGCUGUGACCCUACUGCAACCUGAGCGUUGCCAGUCGAUUCCUACCGACGAGACCACGAGCUCUAGCUGA